GCCUCUUUCUCUCUCAUGCUCAGAGGCUCUUUGAUCUUUGCUCAACAACAGUAACGUCAUUGCUUAGCAGAGAACUAAAGGGGAGUUUUGUUGAAAGGAGCGAAGUUUGGGAGCCUCCAGAGGACUGAAGUCGCAGUAGCAGUAGGGCAUCCGAGGAAGUUCUUGUUAGUGCUCGUUCUGAAAGCUUCGAAAGCCCAAAGCUUAUAUCUCGCCGGAGACAUGGAACAUCAGCUGCUGUGCUGCGAAGUGGAGACCAUCAAACGUGCAUACCAAGACGCAAAUCUGCUCAAUGACAGAGUUCUACAGACAAUGCUAAAAGCUGAAGAGAACUACUUACCUUCUGCAAAUUACUUUAAAUGUGUACAGAAAGAAAUUGUGCCUUACAUGAGGAAAAUUGUUGCAACUUGGAUGUUGGAGGUCUGUGAAGAGCAGAAAUGUGAAGAGGAAGUUUUUCCUUUGGCUAUGAACUAUUUGGACAGAUUUUUAUCUGUGGAGCCCACAAAGAAAACCAGAUUACAAUUAUUGGGAGCUACAUGCAUGUUUCUGGCUUCAAAAAUGAAAGAAACGAUUCCUCUCACUGCAGAAAAACUCUGUAUUUACACCGACAAUUCAAUCAGACCCGGCGAAUUAUUGCAAAUGGAACUUUUAGUGUUGAACAAGCUGAAAUGGGAUCUCGCUUCAGUGACCCCCCAUGAUUUCAUUGAACAUUUCCUUUCCAAACUGCCCAUCCACCAAGACACCAAGCAGAUCCUCCGCAAACACGCUCAGACUUUCGUGGCUCUUUGUGCAACAGAUGUAAAGUUUAUCGCUAACCCCCCUUCAAUGAUUGCGGCUGGCAGCGUUUCAGCAGCAGUGCAAGGCCUUCACCUAAAGAAUGUCGACCAUAUGCUGUCCUCUCAAAACCUCACUGAAUUUUUGUCACAAGUUAUCAAGAGUGACCCGGACUGUUUGAGAGCUUGCCAAGAACAGAUAGAGUCCCUUCUUGAGACAAGUCUGCGCCAGGCACAGCAACAUAACAUCUCUUCAGAAACAAAGACUCUCGAUGAAGAAGUGGACCUUUCCUGCACACCAACGGAUGUGAGAGACGUUAACAUUUGAGAGGACUAUCCAUGGAGUUUUGUCAUGGCAACCCAACAAAAGGCUUUUCGAGAAGGACGAGUUGGCCUAGCAUCCCAAAUACAUCGAGUACAGAAAAAAAAAAACAAAAAACAAAGAAAAAAUAUCUUCACGAUGAUUAUUAAAAAAAUAUAACUAAAGAAGGGAAAAUAAUAAAUACUUCUUUGGUUCUUUUUCGUCCCUUGCACCUGUGGCAUAAAAUUUUUAAAAAAGCAAAAAAAAAAAAAAACCUACAAAACUUUUUUAAAAAGUCCAAAAUAUUAAGAAAAAGAGCAUAAAAAAACUCUUGCUAAAAAAAAAAAGAGAAAACGUAGGAUUUGGCAUGACUCACCAAGUUGUGCUAAAAAGUAAUAGACAUUUAUACAAGAUGCUAAUCCACUAGUUUUUAUACAAAAAAGAAACAUUUUGUGCCUCUUACUUUUGUAUGAGAAUAAUAAUGGACAAAAACCAACAAUGAUCUCUCCGGCGGAGGGUUUUUUUUUUUUUUUUAAUGUGUGAAAGAACCAUUUUUAAAGUAGAAGAGGUGUUUUUUAUAGCAUACUUUUAUAUUUUCCUUAUUUUAGCUUUAUCGCAGUCUAGGCUUCCUUGUAUCUGCUUGCUUAUGAAUUUAGUCACUUUAUUGUAUUGUUUUUCCAAGACUUCCUAAUUUCAGUUUUGUUUAAUCUUUACCCUCUUCUCCUUUUAAAUGGUUAAAUGUAAACCAAUAGCCAGUGUGUUUAUUUUUUUUUUUUUUGAAUGUUGGUAUACAAUAUGUUAUUCUUUUAGAACCUGUGGAUUACCGGAGUGCUUGGGAGAGUAUCCAGCAAUCACUCUGCUGGGACGAGAGUCUGCUUCUCUGCUUAUAUUAUAGCAUUCCAAUAAUGGACAGUGUGGGGAAGGAGUCUUUACAUUUUUGUCAUUGUUGAUAUGUACAAAAAUAAUGACCUAAAGAAAAAAAAAUACAAAAGGAAAAACUUCCUAAGCCUCACGUGCAAUCCACAGCCUAGGUUUUAUAAUGAUUCCUUAUCACUUUUGUUUCUAAAACCAUUCCAUUAAAAAAGCACUUUCAGUCGAUUAGAAUUUACUGACUCUUGAGGAAAUUUUAAGAUAAAAAUGAAAUAUGGGACAUUCUUAAAAGAAAAUGGAAUGGUUGCGGAAUAUCCGAAGCGCUUGUCUUUGCAAUGUGAAGCGAGCCGCUUUAACUAUGGUGUUGCUUACUGAGCGAGGAACUGAACGUUGGCUUCUCUGCACGCUGCCCGUGUGGUAGCUCUGCUUUCUGUUUUGUUCUUUUGAGUAAGUGAGGUUAGCGAGGACGAUGGGAGGCCAUCUUUGUAAGUAGGGCCCUGAGGGUUUGACUCACGUGCAGAUAGAUCAGCAAGUUGUUUUAAUGGGGGAAACGGAGCUUUUUUGUUGUUUUGUUUGCAGCACAUGCAUUUUUCAACACUAAAAUAUGUAACUUAUAGAUAUAGCGAAAGAUUCUAUUUAUUGCAAAGGGUUGAUUGUUUUAAAGAAACUGUUUCUUCUUCUGAGGCCAGUAUGGAUUAUAAACUUAUGUUUAGUGUUUUUAUAUGUAUUUGCUAACACCCCGACUCGCUGUGUAGAUUGUGUGCUUCAAGCAAACACUCUGUACGAAUCUUCAGACCCUACUUAAUGAACCGAUGCAACAGACACCAUAGUUAACACGUAGAAUUGGUGUACUUGAAAAAGAAAAAAAAAGUAUAGUUCCAACUGUUUUUCCCACCCUUAUUUUUAAAUUUAGAUACUAUUAGAAGAUUUGCACAACUUGGAAUUGUACCAUUUUUCAUUUUUUUUUUUCUUUAGAAAGUAGUGAAGGGAGGCGACAGAGAAAAAUUGAAGUUGCUGCACGAGAAAAAAAAUUAAUAAAUGGGAGGGAAUGAUAAUGUAGGUGAAUAGUUUUGGAGAAAAAAAGGUGUUGAUUGUAUAAAUGGAAACAAAAGAAAAUGGAGGAAACUCCUUUUUAUUGAGCUGCUAUGGAAGAUUGUUUUUUUUUCCCAGCAAAGUGUAAAAAAGUAAUACAGAAUGCUUUUUUUUCUCUUAUAUAAGUCGUGUUUUGCUGCUAUUUUGUGGAUCAUUUUUAUUACAAUGUCAAUAUACUGCCAUGUAAUAGAGAAUUUAAUUUUCUCAUAGAAAAUUAUGAUAUUAUUGACAUCUUGUUUGUUUUUUUCGUAGUUUUUUUUUUUUUUUUUUUUUUUAUUUACGUGAUCAGUUUUUACUUAAUGUGACUUCUGCUCUAUUCCAAAAAACAGAAAAAAACAAAAAAAGACUAGCCUUCCUUUUUCACAAUACCUCAUUGUGCCGUUCAUCUUUAUUUUGCAUAGUCUGGGAUUUUACUAUUUUCUUCAUAAUUUCUGUUUUAAACUGCAAAUAUAAAUGCAUUUUUCAUUAUUUCCAAAUGGGUCCUGCAGUCUGCAAGUAGAUAGCAUUGAUUAAAACUGGUGCCAUAUUUAAUCCGAAUAUAUAACUCUUUGAGUUUUAAGCUGUUUCAUUAAAAGAGACUGUGUUACCCAAUUAGGCCAUUCACGGCCACAUAUUAUAUAUUUAUAAAGUGUUUAUACGAGUUGAAAACUGAUGAUGGAUGUUUUAUAUGUCAUGUCUACUUCUAAAGCCAUAGUAUGUAUUUUUGGUAGUAAUUUAACGUCAUUUUGAUUAAAAUGUACAUGUCUUUGUUUUCAACAAAUGGCUAGAAGCUCUACAUUUUUAAUCAAAAUAAAAUGUAUUUACUGCACAAUAAAUUUCAUGUAGACAUGAUUUUAUCCGUCAGCCUUUGUACUGAUUUCUUUUUAAGACAACAACAUGAGACUCUCUAAGGAAAAGGUCCUUUAAUUAUUUUACGUUGUCCCUCUCCUUUAUACUCCGAAUGCCAGUGUUCCGUGAAUGUCUCUUGCAUCUGAAGGUUAGCUCAACAACACCCGGUAGAAGAGACCUACUGCCUUGACCUAUAGCUAAUUUAGCCAUGAUUUAACAUGCUGCUAUUUUAUAUAUAUUUAUGUAUAUACAUAUAUAUAUAUACAUAUAUUAAUAGAUAUAUAUAUAUAUAUAUGUAUUUAUAUAUGUAUGUAUAUAUAUAUAUAUUUUGUGUGUGUGUGUUUAUUUUAUUUUAUUUUUAUUUUUUUUUUUGUUUAAAGCAGAACAAACUGCUAAAAGUCCGUAGUGUGCUCUAAGCUAUUUGCCAAGCUACUAGCAAACACAGGACCCAGGAGGACUGGAUAUAUUCUGUCCAAUUUCAGGAAUUUUGUUACCUCAAAGAAACAAAUCUGUAUGUGGUAUCUCUGUCUAUCUGUAUCGUUAAUUAAUCAAGUAGUCAAUCCCUGAUUUUGAUGAUUUUUGAGCCAAAUGGGCUGCAAAUGUGUUUGUUUUUCAGAUUGCUGGUUUUCAAACUCUCAUGCCAUUUCAGUCCAAUGGUCCUUUCUUAUUUUAUUUUAUUUUAUUAUUAUUAUUUUUAUUUUAUUUUAUUUUUUUUUAUUGUAAUGUGCGGACUCCAAAUUAGUCAUACAGCCAAAUGAAAUAUGGGAGCGUCCGCUGAAUGAGACAGGCCUCUAAAUGUUAUCUGUCCAUUGCUUUAAUUUCUAUUGAGGGCAGCAAAUAAGUGAAUUAACUGUAAUUGCUUGGGUUCUUUGUAUUAUUGUCAAGAGAUGGUAUUAAAACAUUGAAAGGCCAAAGGUUGACAGAGAGCCCACAAAUUUUACAGAGAUGCCUUUUUACAUUUUGACUAUUUUGCAGUUGCUGGUCUGAAAUGCACAUGUUUCACCAACAGACCUAAAAUAGAAAACAGCGAAAUAAACUAGAAUUAAAACAAGAUUUGAAAAAAAUGAAA